AAAAAACAAGAAAAGGCCGCAGCAUUGCCUCGAUUUCCUCAUUCAAAAUGAUGGAAGAAAUCGAUCGAUUCCAAGUGCCCACAGCCCGGUCAGAGAUACAACCGCUGGAUCCCACAGCCACCUCUAUCUCUGAAGGUGAGUGUGACACCCGAGAGGGCGAGACCGUGGCAAUGAAUUACAAGCCAUCCCCACUGCAGAUGAAAAUAGAAAAACAACGAGAGCUAGCCAGGAAGGGGUCUCUGAAGAAUGGCACUGUUGGAAGCCCUGUCAAUCAGCAGCCAAAAAAGAACAACGUGAUGGCAAGGACAAGGCUGGUUGUACCAAACAAAGGAUAUUCCUCCCUAGAUCAAAGCCCAGAUGAAAAACCUUUGGUUGCUCUGGAUACUGACAGUGAUGAUGAUUUUGACAUGUCAAGGUACUCUUCAUCAGGUUAUUCUUCAGCUGAGCAGAUUAACCAAGACUUGAAUAUCCAGCUCUUGAAGGAUGGCUAUCGGUUAGAUGAAAUUCCAGAUGAUGAAGACUUGGAUCUUAUUCCCCCAAAAUCAGUAAAUCCCACCUGCAUGUGCUGCCAGGCCACCUCCACCACUUGCAAUGUUCAAUAAUGUGACUGACGCUUUCCACUGUACUCGUAAAACUAACAGCCAUUGCUUCCUCCUAUGGUAGGACAUGCACUUUGUGUCCGUGUUUCAAAAAAAAAAGCAGACCAUCAUUGUGGCAUUCAUAAGUGAAUGUGAAUGCAGUGUUGAAUUUGUGUGUGAUAGAAGGUGACAGUUAAUCCUACUGCUUAGCAGUGGUUGUAUUGUGUAAUCCUGAUUUAUUUUUUCCCCAUCUGCUUUUGGGGGUGAGGCGGGGGGGAGGGACGAGAUAGAAUACUACUUCAGGCACGAUUCAAAGCUCUGUCAUGAACUGAAAGCAAAACUUGGCAGUUCUUCUGUCUACGAAUAUUUGGCUGUUUGUAUUUGAAGGGUACUAGUUUAUCUUUAUAUAAUGUUUACCACUGCAUUUGAAGCCAAUGACAUUUAACCUAAAAGUGGUUGAAUUUUUUUCAAGCAUUAAAAUUGCAUUAUCUCUCUAAUUUAUAUCAGGUUAAUACUUUGUUAGAGGUUUCUAACUUCUACAUUAACAUUCAGAAUUUGAUAACAUUAGCAUAGUCUUUUGUUAAGAUUUUACAUAUAUGCCCAAACUCUACAGAGUGAAACCGAAGUACACUUUAUUGUGGAGUACUGAUACUUGUGUACACAAGUUUUGGACCAUUCUUGUAAAGCUAGGGUCUUUUGUUCAAGGUUGUGUUCCCCUUGAAUGUAUUGAGUUUCGGAAAGGGAGAAAUAUUUCAUUUUUGUUUGGUCAUUGAUAAUUUUUUGUUUUAGAAAAACAUCAUGGAAAUAAGGUGCAUAUAAAACUUUCUAGGGUUUUUGGGGGCAGAUUUUUUGUGUUCUAUUUGGGAGGAAGGGGGUGGUUCUAUACUCCUUAAAGAUGGCUUCCUCAGUUAAAGGAGAGUUAGCAAGAUGAGUGAACAGUUCAUUGUAAGUUUGCUAUUAGAAAUGGGCAGAGGUGCACAAAUGGGUGUUGCAUGGACAGCACAUGUGAAAUGGGGCUGAAAAGUGUUUUUAGUGUACUGCACCUGAAACAUUUAACAAUUGAUACAAUUAUAGGAUAGUUGUAGCUAUAAUAUGGCAAUAUUUUAAAAUAAUUUAAUUUAUGUCUUCAAAUUUUAGGAAGUUUAUCUCAAAGAGACUUGGUUGAAGUCUAUGUUCUGGUCAUUCUCAACUAAGCAUUUCAUUUUUAAUUGGUAAAAAUCAAUGCAUGCACUUGACCAAUUAAGUUCUAAUUAUUGUAAUACAUGUGCCAGUUGAGUAGGAAAGGUGUUAUUUUAAAAUCUUCCUAUAUGCUGUCAUUAGAGGCCCUCAUUAAGCCGGGAGGGGGUCCAGGUUCCGGAGCAGUUUAAUGGGCUGUGUCAAUGUAACUUGGCUGAUGGAUACAUUUACUUGGUUGAAAAAGGUUUCUGCACAAUCUUAUUUCAUAAUCCAUGUUUCAUUCCCUACCCACCUCCCCAAGACAAAGCACUGAGCCUAUCAAAUAACCAUGGUUAGAAAAGUCCAGAUAUCAAUAAUUGAGAUGGAUUCAAACCUGGUCCUUCAGAGAUGACCUAAUACUCCUAUCACAAAAAUUAGAUGGUCACCUUGAACAACAACUUUAACCCAAAAGAAUAAUUAGUGAAAAUUCUUAAUUCUAACAAUUUACAUAUCAUAUAUUCCACAGUGCAAAUAUUUUAAUCAGAAUAACAAUUUGAUAAAUAUUUGAGCAGGGAAUCUAGCUUAAGUAACUUACUGUCUGGCUCAAAAGUUGUUGACCACUUUGGCUUAUAUAUUUAUGUAUAUGUAUUUAUAAAGAAAAAAACUAAGCAUUAAUAUAUUUUAUCCAUAUGACACUUGUAUUCUGAGUUAGACCAAAAAUUAAGGGAAUAACACUAAUGCAUUUCUACCCAGCUUUGGUGGGUACUAGUAUGAAGAGGAAUUGUGAGUUUGUGAUAAAACUAGAAGGAAGAAUUUUUGGCAUUGAACUUAAAAUUUUAUGGUGCAAGACCCAGUUCAAGUUGUGUAAUUAAAGGAGUCAAUUGUAUGCUCAAUGUGUUGCCACCCAAGCAUCAAUGAAUCCAAAGCAGAAGUUAUUAGUGACCUCUUUUCCCUCACCGCUCCUUCAAGGUCUUUCUGAGAAAUUAAUUGUUGCUAAUUGUUGUUUCAAUAUCACAAUGUUGUAUUGUGUAUGUUCUGGUAUGCACGUGUCCUGCGCUAACACUCCAUGCAAACAAAGUGACUUGUCUGAAUAACUCGGUCUUUGCCUUCCAGGUUGAUACUGCUCUUUGUUAAAGCUUCCAGUUAACAAAAUAGCCUAUUCCAAUAAACGUGAUCCUGUUGCACUAUGAUCAUUUUAAUACAAAAAUGUUCACCAUGUGUCGGAUUUUUGUCUUGUCUUGUGAUCUUAUUGAAAUAUCAGAAAAAUGUUUGAGGUGUGUAUUGCCUAUUUAACCAACCUCAUUUGGACCAAUUCAAGUUAACAUUCGCUUUAAGAAAUGUUCGAGUUACUCUGUUGCAUUUAAAAAGCAAAACUGAAUAUUGGAAAUCUGGAAUAAAACUGAAAACACUGAUGAUGAAAUAUAAGUCUGUAGCAUCUGAAUAAGAAAGCCAGACUGAUGUUUUAGUGUUAAUUAGAGGUCUUGCCCUAAAUGUUAGCUGUUUUUCUAUUUCAGUUCACAAUAAUUGUAGCAUAAAAGGAGGCAUUUGGCCUAAUGUGGUGCUGGCUAGAAUUUUUUUUAAUCUAAACCCAUUUUCUUGCCCUUUUUCCACAUCCUGUUUCUUCCUUUCCAAAUACUUAUCCAAUUCCUUUUAAUUUAUAAGUCUCAAUCUCAAUAACUAUAGCUGCAGUGAAGUAUUUCAUAUUUGAUAGCCUUCUGUAUGAAAAUAAUUCUCCUAGCUUUCCCUAUCAUUCUUGUGAUCUGUAGCUCAUGCCAACUAUAAUCAUGCCUGUAUCAGCUCUCAGAAGGUGCUAUUCAUGUAAUCACAUUUCCUUGCCCUUCCCAAUACCUUUCCAGAAUUUUUCAAAUAUUUUCCUUUUUUAAAAAGCUAUUAUGGCCUCUGCUUCACCACUUACUGGUGCAAACCCUUUAAGUCCUAACAGCCCUCUUUAUAAAAAUUAACUUUUUUUUCUGCACUUUCUCCAACUUCCUAUCCAUGCUCCACAUCCCCUUUAAUAUCAUGUUCCUCUCAAAGCUUUUAAUUCUAUUAAUUCCUUUUGCUUUUAUUCUAAUAUAACAUUCAAUUUUUUUAAUAACCAUAAACUCUCAUUCCUAUUGAUUUAUAGUAAAUCUUCAAUUCGCAGGAAAUCAUCAAAUUAUGAUUUAAAAGCAAAAAAUGCAGAACUAGAGUUAACGUUUCGAGUCCAUAUGACUUUUCUUCAGAGCUAAGCUAAGAAGAGUCAUAUGGACUCAAAACAUUAACUCUGUUUUUCUCUCUCCACAGAUACUGCCAAACUUGCUGAGUUUUACCAGCAUUUCCUGUUUUUAUUUCAGAUUUCUAGCGUACGCAGUAUUUUGCAUUUAUCUUGAUGCAUUCAUCACAUUAUGAUCUUAGUUUUGUCAGUUCUUCUAAUCUUUGCUAUACUUAAAUAGUGUGAAUUCCCACUGUGUUGUCUGGCUGCUUGUCUGAUAUCCAGUCUUAAAUGAGACACUAUUUCCUCCAGUUGAACAAGAACUACCAGAAAGACUGAAAGCAUUGGCUGGAAUUUUCCAGCACUCCUGUGGUGGGGCCAGUGAGCCUUGAAAUUGCCAUCCACGUCGGCGGGGCCAAAAGAUCCCGCCGGCGUGAAGGGCUGAAAAUUCUGGCCGUUGUCUUUGACCCCUGCCACAAAUUGCACGCACUCACCACUGAUUCCAUCUCCUUUCUGCCUAAUGUUUCAGGCUGAACAAGAUGUUUUACAAUCUCUAGUCCAGAUUUUCGCUUCCGAGGCAGGUAGCAUGAGUUGGGAAAUUUCCAGGCACGCCACAUCUUCUCAGGAGAAACUUCCCCAAAUGAUGGGAUCUUUGGUCCUGUGGGGUAUGGGGAGGCGGGUGCAGGAUGGAGUCAGGCCCACAGUCCCCGACGCAGAUCACAGGUUGCCACAGGCUGUCGAGUGCAAAGGCAGGCUGUUUAAAAGGCCCACCUCAGUUGUCUGGAGCUUAUGUCUCAUUACUUAGGUUUUAGGCUCUGUAACCAUCCCCUCACACACUGCACAUGCUGAAUUCAUGCCAGCUCAUUGUCUGCAGCCAUCCCAAUGGCCCCUUAUUCUUUCCAUGCUAACUCAUGCUAACCCACCCACCACCCUUGGCCCUUACACCCUCUAUACCAACUCACCCGGUAUACACUAUGAGCAGACCUCGAGGCAUGCUGAGAAAUAAAGGUCUAAAUAUCUAUUACAGCCUUUCCUAUAAUAAAAAUACACUCCAAUUCAUUAAAGCCCAUUCAAAACUUCUACAUCUCUUCAAGUGCUUAAUCCUUUAUAUAGAAGAAAACACUAUCCAUGACCCCACAUGAAAGGCAGCUAAUCUUUUAAUAAUUGUUUGGAGCUUAGAGCCUCCUGCUGAGAUAAUGUUAAGUUGUGGAAAGCAGUCAAGCAUUCAUAAAUACCCUUUAGGGUAAUGUGAACAAGAAAACUACCAUAAUUGCUAGAACAGAGUUUUGUUUUACCUUGCACUAACAAUCUGUAUUUUUUUUAAAAAACUAACUGUUGGGGCUUUAAAUAACUUCGCAGUUUGAUAGUUCUACAAACAUUAUCCGCCCUUCAAGAGGAUUUACAUCUACUCUUUAAAAACUCAUAACUCUCACACUGUGGGUGAAGGCCCCUUCUACAGGGAAAGUGAGGUCUGUUUGAACUCAGCAUUGUGUUCAAAUGGCUCAGCUGAGUUCCGGUUUCGCUUGUGAGAGUCAUGCCCCACCCACUUUCCCCUACCAGCAAAAUUGGGAUUGGUCGGAAAUGGAGCAGGACUUCCACAUCUGGCUCCUGCCCACCAUUUUUAAAGGUCCAUGAAGUGUCCAUGACUCUAUGAAAAUCAGUGCCUCUGUAUCCUAUUAAAUCUCAAGCUGAACUUCUAACCCCAUAUACUUAUCCAUCACAAAGACUUUCAUCUUCAUAACAUCACAUCCCACCAAACCACACAUCAGGUCACCUGAAUCCAUCUGCCAGUGAAACUCUCAUCAGUGCCUUUAUUCCGUCCAACCUUAAUUUCAAUGUUUUUCACUUUGCAUAAAUUUCAACUCGCUCAAAACCCACCUGCCAUAUCUUAUCAUCAGUCUUUCCCGUCUCCCUUGUGCGUGUUGACCUAUAUUGGUCCCCCAUUGUGUGUCCAAUUUUAAAUUCUCAUCCUUGUGUUUUAGUCCCAUCAUGCCCUAGCCUCUAUUUUCUCUGUAACCACUUACAAACCCAAACUCUACGUUGCUCCGAUUUGUGCCUUGUGUAUUUCCUCCCCCUGCCCACUUCCUUUCUUCACCCCACCAUUGAUGACAUGAGCUCCAGCUGCCUAGCCCCCAUGGAAUUCUAUCCUCAACCCCAUCCGCCUCACCACCUUCAUCUCAUUCUUUAAGAUCUUCCAUAAAAUCCACCUGUUUGACCAAGCUUUUGGUCACCCCUUUUGAUAUCUCCUGUGACUUGGUAUCUUUGUUAUACUUCUCUGGAGCACCUUGGAACAUUUUUAUUACAUUUUAAGGCAUUAUAUAAAUGCAAGUUGUAAUUGUUUUGGUCAAACUUAUCAUUGGUUCCUUGCUUUUAUAUUCAGUUCCUCAAUGUAUAAAACCCAAAAUCCUAUUUGUGCUGUUAAUAAUGUUUUCUGCAUUUCCACAUUUAAAGAACGUUGUAUUUGUACCCUGGAUCUUGCUCAUCCACUAUUCUAUUAAUAGCUUUUCUGUUUUCCAAAAAUGUACCGCUUAACAUUAUUCAGCAUUGAGCCAUAUCUGCCACUCACCACUUGCUGUGUGCUUUGUUGAAGGCGAGUAAAUUGCACAUUACAGGAAUGGGAUAUAUGGGCCCUUGAAAUUGGCAUUAGACAAAAGAAAGUUAAAAUAAACCAAUCCCGUUAUUGGCUACUUUUUUAAGUAAAUAUAUUAUCAACAUUGCAACAUUCAAGUCUAAAAAUCUAAAAUGUUCAAUUGAAAUUUACAAUUUUGAAAAAAUGUGUAAGUGAGUACACUCAAACUUUGUGCCUGGAUUUCUGGACACAUUAUUUACAUGAUUUCUUUGUGACAAAGAUGGCAUCAUGUGUUGGAAUAAAAGCAAAACAUUUUAGGAGUACUGAGAAGGGAGAUCUAUAUUUGUCAUAGAUUUUAAUGUAUGUGAGAGAUUAUUUGCUGUCUUAAAGUAUAAUGCAUGUGAUCCUUUUACAAAGCAACAUCCAUUUCAAAACAAAAAUGUCUACAAAAGUAUACCACAAUGAAACUGGCACAUUACUGUACUUUUUAAUGUUUUAAUUUGUGACUCUGUUAUACAGGUGUUAGUUGACAAUUUGGUGUCAGCAUAUUUAAAUUAUUGUGCCAAAACUUAAGUUUACUAUACAAGAUGAAGUAAUGUCAAAUUUAGGGUGACUUCCAAAACAGACUUUGUUUUGUAAUAGCAGAUGCACAACAAUGCACCGAUAUCUGAAAGAGAAAAAGGUUACUGUUUCAGGUGAAGACCCUUUAUCAGUCAAUGGGCUACAAUCCAAAACAUUAACCUGUCUUUUUCCCUUCAGGAAUUGAUGGAUGUUUUGUGUAUUGGCAGGGUGUUCUGUUUUCAUUUCAUUUUUCAACAUUUGUAGUUUUCGUUUGGUUAUCUUUUGAAUAGUGGAUAAGGUAUAUACAAUCAAUAUCAUGUUGAGCAUAAGCAUUUAAAGUGCCCAGUAUAUAUAAAAUAAAAUUAGCUUUUCAGUUAAUUCUGCAUUAAUAAGAACAAUUUUGCACCGAGCAGUGAAAUUUGUCUGUAUAGAAUGUUUUAACUGUUUCAUGAAACUAAAAAUGUGUAAGGUAAUUAAAUUUAAACAAGACAAAAAUGAAGCCCUGAUUUGAAAGGCUAAACAGUGUUUUACAUAAUGUGCUUCAGCAAUUUAGUGCUUAGAAACUUGGGCUGCAGUCAUAUAUGCAAAUUAGCCUGAGAUUUUAGUUCAACAUUUGUCUAACCUGUACUCUUGUAACAUACAAAAUAGUCUGUUUAUUAUAACUAUUUAGUGAGUGAACUGUAAGUUUGUGACAGAUUAUUGCAAUUUGUGUUAACUAAGAGUUGGGGCUUCAUUGUAUGAUCAACUGAUUCUGAAUUAUCAAUUCAUUUAAAGAUGGUUAACCAGUUAAUUUAGUCACUUAUUAAGCAAAACCAUACCGAAAGCCAAGAUUUAAAAACACAAUUUUAGUUUAUAAAAAGGGGAGUACUUAAAUUUGAAAGUCUAUUGGCGAUUGUUACAUUAAAUAUUUUAUUUUAAAUGUUUUUACGACAUUGAGCAACCCCUGCAGUAUACAUUCUUUAAGGAUGUUUUGUGGUCAAUAUUGGAAGCAUCACAAAUGGAAGCUAUGAAUCCCACAUAUGGUGGCCAUUGUCUGUUUACAUUUGCUUCAAAAAACCCUGUUUGGAAGGGAGAAUAUUUAGCUUCUGUUUCCCAAGUAUUUUUGAAACUCAUCAAUCUUCUGCAUUGACUUGUUUUGCAAGUAGAUAAUGCCUUAAAUGUUUAGUUCAAUAUAAUUUUUAUUUAUUAUCAAGUGUUCUAAAAUAAUUUAUUUCUGACUUUUUUGAAAAUAGGAAUGUGUAUAGACUUUUUUUUAACAUUUACAAUGCAGUAUUUGACAUUGAUCAUUGUCAUUGUAGUGUAACACAUCAAUAAAAGUGUACGUGAAACCUG